AUGGACACAUUCACCCCGUUCAACGGCCAGCCCGCCUCGAAUGGCUCCGGCUCACAGGGCGAGGGAGGUUCGCAGGGUGGCAUGCCCCCUAUGGCCCCCAAUGGCCAAGGUGCCGGCGAUAACGGCAACGGAUUCCAGGGCGGUGAUGCUUCCCGCCAGACUCUCUGGAUGGGCGAGUUGGCUGGAUGGAUGGAUGAGCAGUUCAUCCGAUCCAUUUUCCUCUCUUCAAUGAACGAGAAUGUUCAGGUCAAGAUCAUUCGCGACCGCCACAGCGGCAAUGCGGGCUACUGUUUUGUUGAGUUUGGAACACCUGAAGCUGCUCAGAAGGCCCUUCAGCUUAACGGCUCCCCCGUUCCCAACACUGAUCGUGUGUUCCGCCUUAAUUGGGCAUCCGGCGGUGGACUUGUUGACCGCCGCGAUGACCGCAGCCCGGAAUUCUCGAUUUUUGUCGGUGAUCUUGGCCACGAGGUCAACGAAUUCGUUCUUGUUGCCUUGUUCCAAGCUAGAUUUCCUUCGUGCAAGUCUGCUAAGAUCAUGACCGACCAGCAGACCGGUCAGUCUCGUGGUUACGGUUUCGUCCGCUUCAGCAAUGAGCAGGAUCAGCAGCGCGCUCUGGUUGAGAUGCAGGGAGUUUACUGCGGCAACAGACCCAUGCGUGUGUCGCCCGCCACUCCCAAGAAUCGCAGCCACCAAGGAGGACAGUUCCAGAACUUUGGCGGUCACCAGAUGAUGGCCCCAGCUGCCGCCGUUCAGCAGCCAGGCAUGGCUAACCCCUGGGUUGCUCAGCAACAGCAAGGCUUCGGUGGUUACCAGCAGGGCGGGCAGGGGUACAAUCCUAUGGUGAUGAACCAGUUUACCGACCCUAACAACACGACUGUCUUUGUUGGUGGCUUGUCGGGCUAUGUCACUGAGGAUGAGCUGCGUUCAUUUUUCCAAGGUUUUGGAGAGAUCACCUACGUCAAGAUUCCUCCCGGCAAGGGCUGCGGCUUCGUCCAGUUUGUCCAUCGCCAUGCUGCUGAGAUGGCGAUCAACCAGAUGCAGGGCUACCCGAUUGGCAACUCUCGCGUCCGCCUCUCCUGGGGUCGAUCUCAGAACAAUUCGGGAGUAGGUACUCCCUAUCGCCCUGCUCCCCCGCCUCCUCACUAUUUCCCUCCUGGCCCACCCGGACCCCCCGGACCCCCUGGCCCGGGCUUUGGCGGUCCUGGCUUCGGUGGUAAUGGUGGACACCAAGGUCCUCCUCCCGGUGGACUUGGUCCUCAGGUAAGCCUCGCUGCCUUGCAACCGUUCCAACAUUGA